AUGUCUACCUACCUACAACGCCAAUCAUACCCCAUCAAUCCCGCCAUCUUCCCACUCCUCAGCACAUCAGCAACAGCCUCCCUCGCCCUCUACGAAUACAUCUUCCUCAACAGUCUCCUCAAAGCCUCACAAACACAGUCUCAGAAAUACAGCUCAUCCGUCGCCCGCACAAUCGCCCUCUGGUGGAGCCAAUCUCUCCCCUCCGGUCUCGCCGUCAUCCUCUCCCUCGGCCUUACGUCUCUCAUCACCGGUAUCCGCACCAUUCGCGCCUCUCCCACUGGGAGCACGAGGCGCUGGGUCGCCGUUGCGGGCACACUACUAGCGACGGGACAUUUUGCGUUUGCGCCAAGAAUUUCAAAGGUGAUUCAGGGGAUGGCAUAUGCUUAUGAGAGGGCGGGGGUGUGGGAGAGGAGGGUAGAUGCUAUGGAGGCUGGGAAGACGGAGGAGCAAGUUGCGGAGGAGAAGGCUUUGGAGGGGCAGAGAGAGUGGUUGAGGGUGCAUUUUUGGAGGACUUUGUUGACUGAUCUGCCGGCUUUGGGGUGUUUUGGGUGGUUGGUGUUUGCGUCGUGA